CGCCAGGGCUGAUGUAGCUCUCCUGAUCGCCAGGUGGUGGUGGUGGUGUCGGAGGCUGUCUCCUUGUUUCCGACCCGCCAAAUGGCGGUGUUAUUGAAGAUUGAUGGAUUUCCCCCUUUCUCCGAGUGGCGAGGCAGCGGCGUUGUUGGAGGCCAGUUUUAUAUUUCUGAAGUAAAAACACAAUGCAAGAAAAGAUUAGUAGAUCGGGUAGUGUCUAUGGAGGGGAACUGAAUUAAGCGUUCAGCUCAAAGCAGCCGCAAGGGGGCAGCGUUGCUGGGUUUCCAAGCCACCAAAUGAGAAUAUUGAAUGGAUGUUGGUGGAAACCAAUUCUCCUCCGAACCGUCAAGUGGCGGUGUUCCUGGAGCUUGGGCUGUUUCUUCCUAGUCGCCAGUUGUGUGGUGUUGCCUCCGAGCCGUUAGGUGGCGGUAGUGUUGAAUACUGGGAGUCUACCUCGGCACUGCUAGGUGGCGGUCUUUGUGGAGGUGGGAUAUUUUGGUUACUCUUUCCUGUAUUUGGUUUCGGCUCCUCGGUUGCUGGGGUCCGAAUGUUGAGCGCGGCUGUUUCCAGCAGCCGGGGAGCGGGCCUGGGCCUAGGGACCGCGUGAGUAACGCCGAGAGCUGCAACCCAGGGCCGUGAGGGGCAAAUCACUGUGGCUCCGAUGAUGAAAGAGUGCGAGUACCGGCAGAUCGCGCUGGCGCCCGGGAACGGCUCCACACCUGGCCCCCAGGCCCCGGCCACAGGGAAGCAGCGGCGCCGGCGCAAGUGGGAGUCGUUUGCGGGAAAGAACCGGUUCUUCUGCGAUGGGCGGCUGAUGAGCGGACGGCAGAGCGGCGCCUUUUACCUGACUCUGGGCUUGAUCUUUAGUACCAGCGGCCUCUUCUUCGGCUUCGACUGUCCUUACCUGACGGAGAACCUGACUUUGGCCAUUCCGAUUAUUGCAGGGCUGCUCUUUCUGUUUGUGGUGAGCACCUUGCUACACACAAGUUUCACGGACCCUGGGAUUCUUCCACGAGCCACUCCGGAUGAAGCAGCCGAUCUGGAGAGGCAGAUAGAUAACCCUGGGGGAUCAGGUUACCGGCCCCCACCUCGUACAAAGGAAGUGGUGAUAAAUGGACAGACAGUGAAACUCAAGUACUGCUUCAGCUGCAAAAUGUUCCGGCCUCCACGGACAUCACACUGUAGUCUGUGUGACAACUGUGUUGAACGAUUUGACCAUCACUGUCCUUGGGUCGGAAACUGCGUCGGAAAAAGGAAUUACAGAUUUUUCUACAUGUUUCUGCUCUCACUUUCCUUUCUAACUGCUUUCAUAUUUGCCUGUGUAAUAACUCACCUUACACUCCGAUCUCAGAACACUGGAUUGUUAAAUGCACUCCAGGAAACUCCAGCAAGCGCACUUGAGCUGGUGGUCUGUUUUUUCUCAGUCUGGUCCAUUCUGGGCCUCUCGGGGUUCCACACAUACCUGGUGGCUUCCAACCUGACAACAAACGAAGAUAUUAAAGGCUCGUGGUCCAGUAAACGAAGCUCCGAGGAAAACACUAAUCCCUACAGUUACAACAGUAUUGUCUCUAACUGCUGUGCAGUCUUGUGUGGACCAAUGCCACCCAGUUUAAUUGACAGGCGUGGUUUCUUGGACCCAGACCAGAUACAGCUGCCUGGGCCCCAACGUAAGGUUUCUCAGGGAGCAAAACCAGAAGUCAACCUGGAGGAUACUUGUGAGGAUUUUGCAGUUUCAUGCACGGCCUGAUUGGAUGUAAGAGGUUUCAGAGUGAGGCUGGUGCUGACAGCUGGUAAGCGUUCUCGCUCAUUCAACAUGCUCAUUCUUCAUUUUCAUCACCCAUGGACACUGCAUGAGGAAAUGCCAACAGUCCACAACCAGAUAGUCUCUCAUUAACCUGUUGCUAUCCAGCCUUCAACAUGCCAAGUCCUUGUGUGCUUCUUACAUAAAGAUUUUCCACUUGUCAAGAUAUGGAAUGUCAGAUUUGUAUUUCUGAGGGCAAUCAAAGCCCUGGCCUGCCAUUAGCACAGAGCUGAGGGCCAUUGAUUUGAAAGUUGAAGUUUGCUGUAGAGAAGCUUUUUUGCAGGUAAAGGUGCAGACACUGAUUAAACUGGGAAUGUGUUCCCAAAACUAUGACUCUAUUUAUCUGCAGGUGCUAUUUGCAGCACAUCUCUAGUUACUGUUUUCUAAAUUCCCAAUUUAAAUUUUAAUAAUUUUUUUAACCUCUCAGUACAGUUGUCCCAGUUGGAGUGACAAGUGAUACUUUAUAAUUGGCCUCAACAGAGAGGAAAGUUACAAGUUAGAGUUCCUAGUCCUGAUCCAACAGCUCUCGCUGGAAGGUCAAUGUGACUGAGGUUGGGCUACAACACUCAAUAGUUGAAUGUAACGUAUUUGAACGUCCAGUGAGUGAGAUGCUAAUGAAUAAUUAGCAAUAGUGAAAUGAAUAUUAAAGUUAUUCCAUUCAGUAAAGGGAGAAUCUUGAAUGAUGUAAACAAAACCAAAAAGUAGCUUUACAAUUUGUUUUUGAGUGACUCAAAGUUAUAUCAUUUACAUUAAAUUGCGUUGUGUAUUCUGAGGAAGUUAAUUAUUUUUCAAGACUAUGGUCCUAACUUGAGGAUUGACACGCUGGACAACAUGAGCCAUUUUUUAAAUUUAGUGAAAAACGCACUUGGGAGCUAUGAUGCUGUUACUCAAAUGCCAAUUAUUAUGAAAAUAAGAUAACAACAUAUUUGUCCUUUGAAACGAUUUCAACCCCUCUAGUAAUGCCACAUUUUUUUUCAAAUUAAAUUCACAUGCUAAUUAGUUUUAAAAUGUCUGUCAGCCUUAAUCUGCAUUGUACUAUUGAAUGUCACAAACUUGUUCCCUCCAAUAAAUUAAACUUUUUAUAACAAAAUCGUCCCAAAACAACACUGCAAUAAUUUACUUUAUUGAUGUAUAUGUCUGUCAGUGAGCAAUGCACCCGAUCAGCUAGCGGGUAAUAUGUAAGCUAUAAAUGUGAGGGCACGUGAUGUCCUUUUGUUCAGCAAACCAUGCAGUUGUCACUUACAACUUUUUCAAUAGAUUUUCAUAUUUUUGUUAAAUAUUUCAUAAGUUCUGUUGUAACUCUGUUUAAAAUAUCCAUUGCCAAGGAGGUUUUUAGAUCUGAUCUACCAUUUUUAAAAUAGACAUUUCUUUUCUAAAAAUCAAUAGCGAAAAAAAUAACGUACCCUUAAUCAAGUUGAGGAGCUGCAGUUCAGUCCUUAGUGAGCUGCAUGGCUGUAGAGCUGCACGUUGCCAUCUCUCUAACUGGUACUAUAGGCUCUACAUUCAGAAAUAAUUUAUUGUUCUACUAUUUGUCCCUGAUUUGGAAGUGUGCCUGUAAAUACUUCAUGGCCUGCAUACACAGGUGUGCUUGUAAAACGUAUGCAGUCCUACCAGAAAUCUCCCUUAAAUACAGUACAAUUUACCUCAAGUGAAUAAAUAAAGCACUUCUGUACUGCAACAGUUCAGUGACCACUGGAAAUGCGACAUAUAGUGAAAUGGUCUACUAAAUGUACAUACACUGUGAACUGUCCUACUUCUCUGUCUGUAAAUAGUGCAUGAUCGUACAGGAAGUAUGUUUCUAAAUAAUGCAUCGUCCUACAGGGGGUAUAUGUGAGUGUACCAUCCUACAAUCUUAUAUCUCUUAUAGUGGCUUGCUGUACUGGUAAUUGUGUUAAAAAACACAAUGUCCUACUGUUGACAUUUAACGUCCCAACGACCUAUUUGUGAAAAGCAGGCUGAGAAUGUGCAGUAUCAUAGUUCUCAUUGUGGGUGACCUUGAGCAUCUGAGGCUGGCAGAUGGCUACUAUUCAGGCAAUAGCUUAUGUUAUUCAUAGCCGAUCUUUUCAGUUACGUGCUGAUGUGAGUUGUGUUGUCUAAAAUCCUAAUUUAUGACUGGGUAAACAAUCCCUGAUUGGCUGCCAUGCACAGAUCUAAUCUGUAGUGAGACCAACCAAAGAACUUGGCAAUGGAGUUGCGUCUAAGAACGAUUCAGUUUCACAUAUAUUGUUCGCAGCUGUGAUGUGUAUGUUCUGAAAUAGUGAAGCUAAUUUGAUGUACCACUUCAGGUUUUAUAUUUCCAAUGGUAUUUCCAGGCUUUUAAAAACUUGCCUGCCCCUGCUCUUUGUCCCCUCCCGACAAUGUAGUAAGGAUGCUAAUUGUCCAACAAAAGAAAGGCACAUUAAAAUCCUGAACACUUGGAUACUUGUUUGAAUAGUCCAGAGGCUGCCAACUUCAUUUAAAUGUAGAUAUUUAAUAGCAUGACUGACCCACCAUUAGUUACAGGUACAGAGGAGGCUCGGACUUGGUCUGAAAUACAAACAUUAGAUAGUUUAUAUUUGACUUCAUUUCUACCUUUCUGGAUUCUGAGCAUUAUUUGUGGCCCACAGUUUGGCCUGUCUGGUUCCCUUUUGAUGUUGUAUAUUUAGAGGUUCAUGCGAAGAGUGAUUUUGUAUUGCAUUAUGUUAUGGCACAAACAGGCCAUUAAGCCAACUAGGCCUGUGCUGAUGUUCAUAUCCCAUGUUUGCCGCCUCCUACUGCUUUCAUCUCAUUCCAUUAACAUGAUAUAAAGUAUAUUAAAAGAAACAGUACAAUUCUAAAGGAGUUCAAAAGCAAAGAACCUUAGGAUAUAUGUGCACAAGUUAUUGAAGGUGGCAGGGAGGUUGAGAAAGUGAUUAAUAAAGCACAUGGAAUUCUGAGUUUUAUGAACAGGCAAAAAGUCCAAACGUGAGCAAGUUAUUAUCAAAUUGCAUUAAACAGUGGUUCAGCCUCAACUGGAGUAUUAUCCAAUUCUGAACAAUAAGUUUUAGAAAAGAUGUGAAUGCAUUAGAGGGAGUGCAGAAACAAACGUCAUGAGAAUGGUCCCAGAGAUUAGGAGCUUUUUUUCAUUUGGAGAGGUUGGAGAAACUUGGGACUGAUUUCCUUGGGAAAGAGAAAAUUAAGUGGAGAGUUGGAUAAUUAUCUGAAGAGGGAACAUUUUCAGGACCAUGGUAAAAAGCAGGGGUGGUACUGAGUAAGUUGCUCUUGCAGAAGGCAGAUGUGAACACAGCUGACAGGCUAUGUCUGUACUGUAACCAUUCAAUGCUAACCUUUUCCUCUAUCUUUUGUGUUUAUCUCUCUUUAAAUGAAUCACAACUAGUUGCUCAAACUACUUAAGGUACAAAGUUCCACAUUCUAGCCACUUUCUAGUGAAGAUGUUUCUCCUGAAUUUCAUACAUAAUUUGUGCUACCUUAUUUAUGAUUUCCAGUUCUGGUCUCCACAAAAGUAAAAACAUCCGCCCUGUCAAAAACUUCCAUUGUUUCAAAGACAUAUCAGAUACCCCUCUCACAAUAGAGCCAUAACCUGUUAAGAUCCUGUUACAUUGUGAGAUAGUGGGGAAGGUAGCCCUACUUAGGGUUAGAUGUUUCCUUCCCUGUACCAGUUUAAUGGAGAGAGUUCUUAAUCAAAACAAUGCCGUCACUCUCAAUUCCCUUGUGUGUACUACAAUUGAAUGUGACAUUUACCAGUGCCUUUAUAUGUGCAUCUUGCUGUUAUUCAUGCUGUUUGUAGCAUCUGCCAAGAAUGAUAUAAAUAUGAGCUGGUACUGUAUCCCCUGGAAAGCACCAUACAGAAACAUUGUUCUUUGAGCACACCUAUGUUUAAGUUGCAUGGCAUACUUAUCUUGCAGGUGAAAGUGGCAAUGAAGCAAACAAAUAAUAAGAUAGGAUAAGGUAUUCCUCACUUGCCUCAAUUUAGUAUUGGGCUGAUUUGCAGUUGAGAUGCAGACUGCUAUUAUGGUAUAGGUUACUGGGUUCUGAGAUUGUGGCUCAGUGUUACUCUGCCAGAUGUGAAUGGUGAUAGCCUGAGGAACACUGAAGCCAUAAUUCUGUCUCAACCUGACUCCUUGAGAAUUGGCAGUAUGCAAGGCCUUAUAGACAUCUCUAUUCUGUUCCUGUAGGUGAGGAUUAUGUCCAGUGACUCCCAAAGGCUCAAAUGUGACACAAUUGCUUUUUUUAAUCAGAUAAUUACACAGUGAAAAAUACUUCUGACAAAUCUUCUAUUUCCCCUUCAUUUACAUCUCCUCUUUUUUUUGUUUUCCUCCUCUGCUCUUCACCGUCUUCCUUUUUCUUCGCCCACUCCAUUUCUCCUAGUCUGUCCCUACUCCUCCUCUGCAAAUGUUGACUCUAGUCCCCUGUCCUCUCUUCCACAUCACCUCCCUUGAAGAUACUAAUCUCACUUUCCUUUUCGUGAACACUUGUUCACUCUUUUUCCCCUCUUUACCCUUGUGUUGUCAUCCCCUGCAGGAUUUAACGCAUUGCCCUGUCUCCUUGCCUUUUCUGUUCCUUGCAUGAUAGUUCCACUGGUCCUUCAGCCUUGGCUAUUUUUGAGUUGCAAUCCAAUGCUGCUAAUUUACGAGAGCACGGAGUUCACAGCUGAUUGUUUUGUUAGCUUUCCACCAAACCUGUUCAAACUUGGUUUUGCUGGGGUUCAUCCUUUUUGCCAUCUGCGCGACAUAUUGGGUGGUAUUGACAAUGCCAUGAUUUGAUUCUGCAUCAGAAUUGACAUGGCUGAGCUAUGAACUGGUGAAGCUGUAUGAGUAAUGAGCUGUUUUAAAAAAAGUGCAAAAUUCUUCAGAUGCUAAAAAUCUGCAAUAAAAAUAGAAUGUGCUGGAAAUGCUCAGCAAAUCAGGCAGCAUCUGUGGAACGAAAAACAAAUGACAUUUCAGGUUGAUGACCUUUGAUUAGAAACUGACUGCAGGUCAUUGAUCUGAAAGUUAAUGCUGUUUCUCUCUCCACAGGUGCUACCUGACCUGCUGAGUAUUUCCAGAUUUUCUGCCUUUAUUUGAAUCAUGAGCUGACUUUGUAUGAAUACUUUAUCUCCCCAGGUCACCAGCUCCUGGAGCUGGAUGGUUAUUUGAUCCUAGGCCUGUGUCAGUAAUCCAUCUGCCUUGGGUUUCUGAGAUGAGGUGACUGAAACCUGAGCCCCUCAAAAUGUUAAGGUUGAAAUUAGGAACUGACUCAUCUAACAAAUUUUAUCCAUUUUCAAAUGACCCACGACUUCAGUGGUUUCAGGAGAGGAGUUGCAGAUUUCCACUACCCUUUGUGUGAACAAGUGCUUCAUCACAUUACCUCUGAAUGACCUAACACUAAUAUUAAGGUUGCAGAUGAUAAGUCAGCUGUCCCAUUGCCUUUAGGAACAAACAAUUUAUUUCUGUCAAAGAAUCAAAAGAUCUCCUCUGAAGAAGGGUCAUAUUAACUCAACACUGACUCUGUAUCCCUCAUCACAGAUGCUGCCAGACUUGCUGAUUUCCAGCACUUUGGUUUUAAGAAACAUCAUUAGAAUUUUGGAUUCUAAGAACUUUUUCCUCCGUCUUUAGUAGUUGUGGGUCAGUUUAACGUACACUAGUAAAACUCUCAGACGUGGAAUGUGCACACUCAUUUGGGUUUUGUUGUGUUGCCAGCUGCAGUGAGCAGUUUAAUCAUUAAGGACGUGACUGGAGCCAUUAACUUUGAUCUGAAUCCAUGUAUUCUAAUACCAAGGACAUUUGAAGGAACUUUCUGUGGGACAGUUAUGUAAUCUACAGGUUAUUAAUGUAGAUUUUGCAAAAUUGAAAUUAUUUAAAGGUUGUUCCUAAAUCGGGCCCAAUUGUGCAUUUCAGAAGUCUUUUUAUCACUUUUUGCUACAGGAACCCUGAAUCAGGCUACUGUGUCACAGCUCUUCCGCAUCAGUACUCAGCAUACUUCUAAUUGACUGGUUUAAGUUGAUCCCUGUGGAUUGUAACAGAUCUCUCUGUUUCUUCCUCCUUGGUGCGGUGUCUGCUGGUGCAGGAAGCAUUGGGGGUGGGUUAGCUGUGUCAUAUCCAGGACUGUAAAUAGUGAUAAUGGAACUUCUGGCCCUGUGCUAACUUUGCGUAAUUUUGCUCUUCAUUUCAAUAGUUUUGCUUUAUUGAGACAACUGAACCAUUAUAGAAAUAUAUAAUUGUUAUGUUUAAAUAUUUAAGUAAGUUUUGAGCUGAAACCUAGCCCACUGUCCCAUUUUGGAAUUGAAUUCUGUUGAUGACCAUAUUCUGUUUUUGGAGCAUCUUUUGAAACAUCACCCAUGUAAAAAUAUUUUUUGAAUGUUACUAAAAGCCUUUCUUCUUUUUUCCCCCCCUCUGUGUCUCUCUCUCUUUCUCCUUUCCAAUCCUUUUUAAACCCUUUGCUCCAU